GAAUGUCCUCCACUGCUGGGAGUGAAGAAGAAGAAGAAGGAGACUAAGCAGGCCAAAGAGAUGGCUGCUGCCAGGAAGAGAUGGGAAGCACUGAUAAGAGAUCAAAAGGUUAAAGUUCUAACACCAAAAGAAGCUGGUUAUGCUAUCAAGCUUUCGAACAAAACCCUCCUUGAUGUUCGGCCAUCGACUGAGCAUAAUAAGGCAUGGGUUAAAGGUUCUGUUUGGAUACCAAUCUUUGAUGUGGACGACUCUUCUGACUUGGGAACAACUUCGAAAAAGAUCACGAACUUUGUAAUGGGAGGUUGGUGGAGUGGGAGUCGUAUGUUGGCAUAUGAUAAGAAUUUUGUGUCAAAUGUUGAGGAGAAGUUCUCAAAUGAUACUGAUCUUAUUCUAGUUUGCCAGAAGGGGUUAAGAUCGCUUGCUGCCUGCGAACAACUUUAUAAUGCCGGUUAUAGAAACCUAUUCUGGGUGCAGGGAGGUUUAGAAGCUGCUGAAGAAGAGGAUUUUCAGCGUGAAGGUCCUCAGCCUUUCAAGCUUGCUGGAAUCGGUGGAAUGUCUGAAUUUCUCGGUUGGACUGAUCAACAGCGUACUUUUGGCAUUAACCAAGGAUUGGGUUAUCGUUUAGUCUUCACCGGCCGUUUGCUUGGACUUAUUAUACUCGCGGAUGCUUUGUUUUUCGGAUCUAAGCAAUUCGGUCCUUGGCUUCAACAACUGCAAUCUCACUAAAACAGUUCCAUUCGAAUCGGCGAUGUGCAAUCAAAAUAAAACAAAAGGCCGGACAAAGUAAACUCUCCAAGAAUCUCCCUUUGCAAUUUCUUAGGCAUUCAUUAUAACUCUUGUUUUCUCUGGAAUGAUGUAUCCAUUGAUUGUGCAAGCUUGAGUUGUUUCUCUUGGAGUUAUUAGUAAUAGCAUGUAAGUGGAUUUUUAAAGAUUCUUUGAUCACUGAUUUCAUGUAAUUAAGUUUUUUGAAGGUGAUGUUCUUCCA